AAAUGUGGGGAUAUAAACUAUAUAAGCCACGCCAUAAGUAAGGCGAGGCUGUUUACCUCUUUUAUCUCAUUACCACUAGUGCCGGUGCAGAUGAAGUUCUUUGUCAUCGUAGCCGCGGUGAUCACCGUAGCUGCAGCUGCCGACAACAAAUACACCACCCCGGUUCCAAUUCUGAAGCAAAUCGACAAACAGAACGAGGACGGUUCGUACACCUAUGGAUAUGAAGCAGCCGACGGUACAUUCAAGAUAGAAACUAAAUACCCAGAUGGCGAGGUAUACGGUAAAUACGGAUACAUUGAUGACACAGGUGCCUUAAGAGAAGUGGAGUACGGUGCAAGCAGAAGAGGAUUCGAACCUGCCGGUAAUGAAAUCCAAGUUGCACCACCCACUCUGAGAGUGAACACAGAAGCCAUUGCAAGACCGUUAGCCCCAGAUGAAGAAGACGAUGGUCAGUACCGAGAAGAUCCCGGUUAUUACUACAAGAAUGAUCCACACAAUCAGCCAGCUCCCCAAAGAAGCUACGAACGACCUGUAAGCAAUUACCAAGAUGACAAUUUUGAUUUCGACUCUUUCGGAUCUUUCAAACAACCAGCUAGACCCAGACCUGCCUAUAGACCAGAGCCAGUUUAUCCUGAACCAGCCUUUGAGCCUGAGCCAUAUGCCCCAGAACCAGAAUACAGGCCCCAACCAGCAUAUAGGCCACAACCUGCCUACAAACCUCAACCUUCCUUUAGACCUCAACCCGCGUAUAGACCUCAACCCUCUUACAAUCCACCGAAACCGGCCUAUAACCCUCCAUCUUAUUAUUCACCACCCCCUCCACCACCUCCUCCACCACCACAACCCGUGUACAGACCUCAAUCAAAUUAUGGAUUCAACAACAAUCCACCACCAUCUUAUAACAACUACGGACCAUCCUUCCAUGGUCAUCCCGCUAGCAACGUGGAUAUAAAUUCUGGAUCUUACUCGGUGCAAUACAAGAGAUAAAAUGUAAGAUUUAUAAUUUUAGGUUCAAUCAGUUGAAUUUAAGAUUUUGACAGGUACAAAGAGAAUUUCCUUCUGUUUAUCUAUUUGUAUAUUUUAACUGUCUGAAAUCCUGUGCCAAAUACUCACUUGAUAUAUCUUUGUACUUAUUGCUGUAAAUAAUUUUCUAAAUUAUGUGAAAAAAAAAAAAAAUAAAUUUAGCUAGACCCGUAUUUUAACCAUUUUCUUUUAUAUUUAUACUAAGAUUACCCUACUAGUCUUGUUAACUAAUGUGACUUGUAACAUAAAGUUUAAACGGUACAGUCAUCACCGAUUUACUAAUAAACUUGUUGACGAUUGUUGUUGUUUACUAAGAUAUUUUGGUAGAUACAAAAUACAGUGUACUGCCAUUUGCAUUGUACAGUAGAUGUAAGUUUAUCUGUGUGUGUGUGAUAAGAAAUAAAGAGACUCUACUAUUUUAA